AUGAUAGAAAAUGAAGAAUUUAAAAAUUUAAAUGAUCAUUGGAGAAAUACCAUUGAAAAAUUAUCAAUCUACAAGGAUAUUAGCGAACAAACCUUGGAAAGAUGUGAUGAAUCAUUUAUAGAAACAAAGAAAAAGAUUUGUCAAGAUUUCGAUACAAUUAUAAAUUAUCUUACAGAUAGAAAGAUUGAAUUACUUCAACAAUUAGGUGAAGAAUUAGAAGCACAUAAACAACAAAUUGAAUCAAAUAGAGAUAAAUCAAUGAUGUUAAUUGAACAAUUAAAUAAGAAAAUGAAUUCACCUUCAAAAUUUGAUAUUAAUAUUAAUUCAAGUGGUGGCGGUGGUAGUGGAGGAGUAGUAUUUAGCGGUGGUGGUGGUGGUGGAUUAUCACAUAGUACAAGUUAUAGUGGUAAUUUAUCAAAUUAUUUAUCAGCAUCAUCAGGUUUCGCUUCAUCACCUUUAAAUUAUUCAACAUCAUCAUUAAUGGUCACUAAUAAUAAUAAUAACAAUCCAAUGACAUCACCAUUAAAAAAGUCAACUUCAUUUCAAACUGAUUAUUUACAAGUUUUAAAAGAAUCAAUAUCAUAUAUUGAAUGGGAUUGGAAAGAUGAAUUUCAAGAGAAUAAUACAACCAAUAGAAAAAUAAUUAAACAACCAAAACCAAUUUCAUCAAUGGCUUCAGAUUUAAUAUUAAAUAGUAGUUUUAAAAGUUUUGAUGAUUUAAAUAAAAAAUUUCAAGAAUUUUCAAAUAAUAAUGAUGAUACAGAUGACUAUGAUAAUAAUAAUAAUAAUAAUAAUGAUAAUAAAGAUGAUUUUGAUAAUUGUGAGAAUAAUAAUAAUGGUGAUAGUUUAAAAAUGAAAUCAAAUAAAAAAUUAAAAAUAUUUGGAAAAUUAAAAUUUAAAAUUAUUGAAACUUUGGAAUAUAAAAGAUUGAAUUCAAAUUUAGAAGAUACAAAAUGUAUUUAUUCAAUUGGUGGAAAAUGUAAGGAUGGAUUCGACCAAUAUUCAAUUGAAAAAUUUGAUUUUAAACAAGGUUUAUGGAGAUCAUUACAAUCGAUACCAUCAAUAAUGGAUAAUGAUUUCACUGGUAAUUUCGAUGGAAAGAAUCAUAUUUAUCUAUUUGGUGGCUCAUUACAACCAACUCGUAUAUUAAAAUAUAAUUUAUUAGAAGACCAAUGGGAGAUUAUUGAAACAAACAAUAAUAAUAAUAAUAAUAAUAAUGGUGCUAAUGGUGCCAAUGGUAAUAUUGAAAUUCCAGAUAAUGGUAGAUUUUUACAUUGUUUCAGUAUUUGAUGGUAAACAAAAUAUUUAUUUAAUUGGUGGAUUCCCAAAGAUCGACAUCAAUUUUAAAAUUUAAUAUUAUCACUGAACAAUUUUCAAAACAGCAAUCCAAAUCUACAACAUCUUCAAGAAAUCUUUGGAGUAUGGGUGCAAUUUAUAAAGAAGAUAAUAAUUCAAUCUAUUUAAUUGGUGGUUGUAAUAUAACUAGACAAUCAGUUGAUACACUUGAACGUUAUGAUAUUGAUAAUGAUAGUUUUACUACCUUAUCUCCAUUACCAGUCAGUUGUUAUGGUGCUGGUGUUUUCUAUGAUGAUCAAGAACAUUAUAUUUACGUUUUAGGUGGUUACAAUUCAAAAGAGAAUAAAUGUUUAUCAAUAAUUCAAAGAUAUGAUCUUUUAGAUAAUAGUUGGUCAGUUUUAACCAAUAAUCAUGAUGAUGAUGAUGAUGAUGAUGGUGAUAGUGGUGGUGGUCUACAAAAUCUUUUAUUACCAAAACCAAUGAUGAUAAAUGGUAAUUCUAUAAUUUUUGAUUCUUCGAAAAGGAUAGUUCACAUUUUAGGUGGAUAUAAUAAUGUCACAAAAGAAUCAAUAGAUGAUAUCUACACAUUAGAUAUUUCAAAUAUUUUGGAUGAAAACCUUUCAAAUAAAAUCAAUUGGGAAGUUAAUAAAAUACCACAAUUUAAAAAUUCUAAAUUUAAAGGUGGUACUUCAAUUUUAGUUCAAAAAUAA